GACUGCACCAGCCCGGAAACCAUCAUCAAGUACAUGACGGACGGGAUGCUGCUGCGCGAGUGCCUGAUGGAUCUGGACCUAAAAGGCUACGCCGUGGUGAUGCUGGACGAGGCGCACGAGCGCACCAUCCAUACCGACGUGCUCUUCGGCCUGCUGAAGCAGGCCGUCACCAAGCGGCCCGAGCUCAAGCUGAUCGUCACCUCCGCCACGCUGGACGCCGUCAAGUUCUCCCAGUACUUCUUCGAGGCGCCCAUCUUCACCAUCCCAGGGCGCACCUUCCCGGUGGAGGUCCUCUACACCAAGGAGCCGGAGACGGACUACCUGGACGCCAGCCUGAUCACAGUGAUGCAGAUCCACCUGCGCGAGCCGCCCGGCGACAUCCUGCUGUUCCUCACCGGGCAGGAGGAGAUCGACACCGCCUGCGAGAUCCUCUACGAGCGCAUGAAGUCGCUGGGGCCGGAGGUGCCCGAGCUGAUCAUUCUGCCCGUCUACUCGGCGCUGCCCUCCGAAAUGCAGACGCGCAUCUUCGACCCGGCGCCGCCCGGCAGCCGCAAAGUGGUGAUCGCCACCAAUAUAGCCGAAACGUCGCUCACGAUCGACGGCAUCUUCUACGUGGUCGAUCCCGGCUUCGUCAAGCAGAAGGUCUACAACUCGAAGACGGGCAUGGACUCGCUGGUGGUCACGCCCAUCUCGCAGGCGCAGGCCAAACAGAGGGCGGGCCGCGCAGGCCGCACCGGCCCCGGCAAGUGCUACCGCCUCUACACCGAGCGCGCCUACCGCGACGAGAUGCUCCCCACUCCGGUGCCCGAGAUCCAGCGCACCAAUCUGGCAACGACGGUGCUCCAGCUGAAGACAAUGGGGAUCAACGAUCUGCUGCACUUCGACUUUAUGGACGCCCCGCCAGUCGAGUCGCUCAUCAUGGCCCUGGAGCAGCUGCACUCAUUGUCCGCCCUGGACGAUGAGGGCCUCCUCACCAGGCUGGGCAGACGCGUAAGUUCACUCACACUCACUCAGCAAUUUUUCGCAUUUUUUACCGAACUUUCAUCGGCCUUCUGGAGACCGUACAAUCAGUUUACGCCAGUUUGACAACUGAACGUCAGGCUGCGAAAUAUGGCAACCCUGCAGAAAUGUCACUGGGUUUAGACAGAUGUGUCAAAUUUGACAGUUUAUGGUCAUUCGCGAGUUCAAAAGCUUUUAAAGAAAUGGAAGGCGAUCGAAAAGUGUCUAAGUAUUGUUUUAUGUGAUAAAUGUCAUCAAUCAAGUUUUGACUAGUCAAAUUUGACACUUGAUUAGUUGUCAUUGCGACGUAUUUUAUUUAGUCCUCCUCGGCUUUUGCAAGCCUUUAACGAGAAACAUAUAGAA